CUUCACAGUACAGAGAUUUCAAAUAAACCUGUCCCUGGGACACUCUGAUGCUCCGAACGAGUGUCCUGUUCCGUUGAGUCAUGUGGGAGGAAAACACAAAGCAGUUGAAAGACAGGUCCAAUAGGGGUAGCAGAAAGGGCCCUGGAGGCAGACUUAAGUUUGGUAUUUAAUAUUUCAGGUAAAAUAUUCACUUAGCAUCAAUUAUCUUGUUGGGUUCUUCUUUUUUUUUUCCAAAUGAAAUUGCCUCUGAAUCAGCCACUCUCUAAUUACCACACUGAAUGAUUGAAAUUUUUAGGGCAAUUAAAUUCAAGCCUUUCUUUUUCAGUCCUUAUGUUAUCCCCCCCCUUUUCUCCCUCCCCUCUCCAGUCUGGAGCCUUUCUAUAAUUUGGAGGCAGUUGCAGAAGCAAGCAGGCCUUUAAAGCCAAGAUGUAUGUCUCCCUUAAUUCCUCUGUGGAUUUGUUUUAUAGACUAAGCAGAGAGGGAUCUGGUCUCCCAGGACAUGUGCGUUACAAACACACAGUGUCGUGUGGGUUUUAUCCUAACAUGUCAUGUCAUUUAAAAACAGCUUUGAAGAAGUCAUUUAGUAUAGAAAUUUUGUGAAAAGACAAAGAUCAAGGUAAAAAGUACAUGCACUAUGGAAAAUGCCUGCAAAACUAAGGAGCAGAUUGAUGAUAAUAAUGAUGAUUGAUGAGAUAUUAGAUAAGAGAAAACAAACUCCCAAAGAAACAGUACAAAGCAUCUGUUAACAGAGCUGUUAGGAUAAUGGCUGGAUGAAAACACAAGUAUUCUUCCAAAAAAGGACACAAAAUUCAGAGGGUGGAAUCCUGGGCCCAGUGAACUCAGUGACAAAGCUGCUGCUCAUUUGGCUGUCUUGUCAGGAUUAGAGCCCUGAUCCUGCAAAACAAGUAACUGUAUUCUUAAAUGUAAGUAUGAGAGCUAUUACCUUAAUUUCAGUGGGACUGUAAAAGUCAAGUGGAUGCCUAACAGCUUGGUUGAAUCAGGAUUUAACCCAGGGAACCUGGCUCCAAAAAAGGCAAAGAAGAAGAUAGAAGGUGGUUCCAAUGUAUUCUCUAUGUUUGAACAAACCCAGAUCCAGGAGUUCAAAGAGGCUUUUACCAUCAUGGACCAGAACAGGGAUGGCUUUAUUGACAAAGCAGACUUGAGAGACACAUUCGCUGCGCUAGGUCGUCUGAAUGUCAAGAAUGAAGAGCUUGAAGCCAUGGUGAAGGAGGCGCCAGGUCCUAUUAACUUCACUGUCUUCCUUACUAUGUUUGGGGAAAAGCUGAAAGGCACGGACCCAGAAGAAACCAUUCUGAAUGCUUUUAAGAUUUUCGACCCAGAAGGAAAAGGCCACAUAAAGGCAGACUACAUCAAAGAAAUGCUUAUGACACAGGCAGACCGGUUCAGUCAAGAAGAGAUUAAACAGAUGUUUGCUGCUUUCCCUCCAGAUGUCUCUGGUAAUCUUGACUAUAAGAACCUCUGUUACGUUAUCACCCAUGGUGAGGAAAAAGACUAAGAGGAAAGAGAUGAGCUUCUCCUGUGAUGAUGCACCGAGUUAUUUCAUAAUGCUUUUGUGUGCAAGACAAAGGGCUAAACAUUCAGUAUGUGAAGCCAUGUGGUCAUCAGAAGAGAACCAAUAAAACAAUUGAAAUUGGAUUAAA